AUGGCCCGUUACAGGCUUCACGUCCUUCCCCCCUCCCCCCUCCUCUUCCUCAUCGUACUUCUCCUUUCCUCACUCUCACUCUCGCCUAUCAAUUUGCCCCCACUCGCCUCUUCCCCGCUUCUUGUCGCCGCCGCCUUUUCUUCCGCCAAUGACUGCCUCCCCGGCGCCUCCGCCCUGUGCCAGCGCGCCGACGACCCCGCGCUCUGCCUCUCCGCCAUCUGCCGCCAUCACCGCGCAUCUUCCGCAGCUCGCGGCCGCGAUCUGGCGGAACAGUCGAGCGCCCGACGACCGUCGUCGCAAGCGUCGCAAUCGUCGCAUUCGCAGGACCUGCUGACGUCGAUGACGGUGGACGUGGCGCUCGGGGAAGUGAGCUUGCUGCGGGACCGCGCGGAGCAACUGUCGCGGAGCAGCGGCGAGGACCCUCGCAGCGCGAGAGAGAGCCGCGUCGCCAGAGACUGCUUGGAACAGCUCGACCGCGCCGCGGCGUAUCUCCGUCGCGCCUCGGCGUCUCUCAAGAACGGCGCGGAACCCGAGGGCCAGGCGUAUUGGAUCGGCGCGGCGCUCACGCUCACCUCGCACUGCUCCACCAACAUGGCCGCCGCCAGCGCCGCCGUCGCAGAAAACUCCGGGGAUGGCGGAGCGGCGGAGGCGCGCACGCAGGGGGAGGGGGAGGCGGGAGAACACGCAAGUUCCGCGGAGGUAGCGGACGUAAGUUCCUCGGAUGGCACGGGGGGAAUGCACGUGGCGCGCUUCAAGACGCGGGAGGAGGUCAUGCGGAACGCGCGCAGUCGGGACGGCGGACGAGUGGGCGAACGACCGGCAGGCGACACGACCAGUGGCAGCUUGGCAACCACGCAAAUCAUUGGCAGCAACGGCUGGAGCGGCGGCAGCAAGCGGAAGAACAACGACAUAGGCCCAGCCAGCGGCGGAGAGAAGAAAACGACGGGCGCAAAGAGCGGCGGAAAGAAUGGCGCAAAGAGCGGCGGAAAGAAUGGCGCAAAGAGCGGCGGAAAGAAGGGCGCAAAGAAGGGCGCGAAUAGCGCCGCGGCCGAGUGGAACGGCCUGGUGUCGAGAGUGCGACAUCGCGGCGGCAAAAGCGGCGGCGGCGGCAGCAAUCAGCCUCUGGUGGAGCUGGACACGCCCCUUAUCGGGCACGUGCGCAUGGCGGAAGGCGGAACAGAGCCGGCGGCGGGGGGCGCAGCGGAAGGGGUGCUGGCGCACGGUAAAGAGGUGGCGCUGACGGCUAUAGCGCUAGGCGCGCGGGAUGGCGAGCGAAAUUUUGCUGGGGACGGAGAGGGCGACGCGGAAGAGGGCGGAAACGGAGGCGGCGGCAGCGGCGGCGGCGGGGGGGGUGGAGGUGAGGUGGAAAGCCCGUCGAAGCUCAAAGCAGGUCCCACCCUUCGCUACAUCUCAAACGCGCUCGCAAUAGUCACGUCGCUGAGAGACGAGGACGCGGACGGAGCGGAGCGGCCAGGGAACCCCAUGCACGCGCGGCGCAAGGGACUGCAGGUUGACGGGCGGCGGAAACUAUCCCAGCGCCAAGCGCGGAAGGCACAGGAGGCGCGAGAAGCGCGGGAGCUGUAUCGUGCCAUACGUCACACUUAUCCUACCCCCUUUCCCUCCUCCUCCUCCUCCUCUUCCUCCUCGUCUUGGCUCUCAAGCCGCCGGUCCCGCAGGCUGACGUCAUCGGCUGCGGCAAAAUCGGCGGCGCGGCCGACGUGGGUGCGCGAGUCGGAGUACGGGGAGCUGCGGGAGCUGCAGCGCUUCAUGCGCGUCCACUACGCGCGCGCGGAGGAGCUCUUGGCAGGAAACCUAACGGCUCUCUGGGAGGCGAACCGCGGGAGGCGGCUCGCGGCCGUGGGCGCGAAGUUGCCAAAAUUAAAGCCGGAUUUUAUCGUGUCCAAGACCGGGAAACCCGGGCAUUGCAGGACGGUGCAGGAAGCUGCGACGAAGCUCAUCGCGGCGUACAAGCCACCGCCGACGCGCUUCGUGGUGUACAUCAUGAAAGGGACGUACGCGGAAAAGGUCCUGCUGAACAAAAACGGCGUGAUUUUUCUAGGCGAAGGCGCGAAGGACACGGUGAUCACGUACGGCGCGAGCGUGAGCAAGGGGUACACGGCGUUCGACUCGGCGAGCGUGGGAGUGAACGCGGACGGGUUCACCGCCAUGGGCCUCACGGUGGUGAACAACGCGGGGUCCGCGGCGGGGCAGGCCAUCGCGCUGCGCACGGAGGGGGAUAAGUCGGCCUUCUACGAAUGCGUGUUCCUGGGCCAUCAGGACACGCUAGCGCCCGACGUGGGGCGGCAGUACUUCCGCAACUGCACCGUCCGCGGCACGAUCGACUUUGUCUUCGGCGUCGCAGCAGCCGUGUUCGAGGACUGCACGUUCAUAGUGCGGCGCAGCCCUCCGGGAUACUCCAGCACGGUGGCGGCGCAGGGGCGCGUCACGCUCAAAGACCCCUCCGCGUUUGUGUUCCUGCGCGGGAAGGUCGUGGGGGAGAGCGCGGGGCAGUACGGGUACCUGGCGCGGCCCUGGUGGCCCUACUCGCGCACCAUCUUCAUCCAAACUUAUCUCUCGCCGGUGGUGGUCCCAGCAGGCUGGUUGGAGUGGUCAGAUGCCACCACCAAGACCAUCUGGGGCGGCAGGCCCUACUUUGCAGAGUACGACACGACAGGGCCGGGGGCUAAGGGACGGAGAGUGGCGUGGGCGAGACCGGGCAAGCUGAGUGAGAACCAGGCGGAGGGGUUCAUGCCGAGCAAACUGCUGCAGCUGCGGACGUGGGUUGGAGAGACCAAGAUUCCAUACAGCCCGUGA